UGUGCAUCGAUGCAAUGCUCCACGAGUACAGUUCGUCCGCGCCGCAGGAAUCAUAGUUUUGUGCUUGCGGUGCGUCUGCACGCGCUGCGUUGCGUGGGGCAGCGUUUUGUGCACGUAUGAAGCCCCCAGCGCAUUCGUGACAUGAGGUGCUGGCCGCACGUCCUCGUCGCCGCAGCCGCUGCGGCGGCGAAGCGAAGGCAAGGUACGUCGCAGUGGUCCACGCCAGUAGUCGUCGUGCCCGCUCAUUACCGCGAGUGGGGCCGCACGCCGCCCUGGGCGACGAAGCUGCCGCCGUGGGCCUCCACGUAUAUAUACCAGCGCACGAAGAAGGGCGCGCCGCGCUACUCGCCGAAUUAUGGGUAUGAGGCGGGGGUACACCUCCAGUUCAUCAGCGAGUUUUAUGAUGACCUCCCGGAAUUAACGGUGUUCACGCAAGCGAAGCCGAAGCAGCACAACCCCCUCUUCUUCGAUACCUUAAAAUGCCUGAAUUCGCGCACGAACUACACGUCCUUGAACUGGAACUACCAGACGCGCGGCACGACCUACUGGCGCAAGUUCGCGCUGCAAGGCGUCGUCGAGCAGUGCUGGCGCGAUUUGUUGGAUGCGUUCGGCGUGCGGCUGCCUUCGAAAGUCGAACCGGUCGCGUCGUUCUAUUGCUGCGCGCAGAUGGCCGCCUCCCGGGCCAUGAUACGGCGGCAUCCGAGAGCCGCGUACGAGGUCCGCGACCGGUGUCCACCAGCACGCCAUCGACGCGGCACAAUAACUUUCUCGUCCUCGCAGAAAGCCUACGCUAUGCUCGGCGGGGCCGGUGCCUGCCACAAAGGCGAGCUCGACUGGGAGACGCUCUCCGUCUACGCGUCGAGCCGCACUCGUAAAUGGGACGCGCCGCGCUACAACCGGCAUACCGCGGGCGCCUGGGAGCACCUCAACCACGUCAUCCUCGGCGGCGAGCCGCUUAAGUCGCGGCGGCGGGCGCGCGCACGGACC